AUGUUUCAGUCGUUCGAAAACGAGAGAUUUAUCGGCGGAAGUACCGCUGGGAAUGGCUUGAAGAGAGAUCUACAAUAUGACAAUGAACCCACUCCGAUUCAGCACGAUUCAAAAAGACAAAAGAAAACUGGCGAGUCGCAACUACGUGAGCAAGAUUUUUCCAGCAGGCGGGAGUCGUUUCCACUGAUAGACGACACGUUAGAGGCUAUAGCUAUGAACUCACGUCAAAACACUUGCGAAUCUAAUGACUCGUCACCAUACGUUGAAAUUGAAGACUACAUUCUGAAAGGCUAUGGUUCCUCGUUGAUCAAUGGCGGCUACAACACCAGACUUAGUCUGGACAACAUCACAUCAGUGAAUUACUGUCUGUACGACAUGGAUGCGGAGGAGGAGUUUGAUGAUAGCGAAUACGGGGGCGUGAGCGACGGGAAAACGCUGGUCGAAACUCCGGAGCCGCAAGAUGUCGUAAUGGAGUAA